CAAACCAGGAGAAAAUGUGGAUCGUGCUUCAUCUGCUGCUCCUGCUCCAACGUGGAGCAUGUACAGGUGCUCACACCUUUUCCACUCUGACUGUUAGACCUGGACAAAAUGUCACUCUGACAUGUCAUGUCAACAAAAAUCGGACUGUAGAAAAAUUCUUUUGGAUCCGACUUGUUUCUGGAACUUUUCCUGAAGUUUUAGCCUCAAUGACACAUCCAGGGUCUCCGGAAAGUGGAACAUUAAAUACUGGACGUCGCAUCACAGCAAAAAAAGAACUGGGAUCAUUUCAUCUGCACAUUAGUCAAGUUGAGAAAAGUGAUACGGCGGUCUACUACUGUUUCAAAGUACAUUUGGAUGAUUUGAUAUUUUUAAAUGGAACAUUUCUUCAGGUCACAGAACCAGAACCCUCUGUGUCUGUUGUCUCUGAAGUCCAACCAGGACAGCCUGUGAAGUUCCAGUGCUCAGUCCUCUCCCAGUCUGGGAAUGAAAUCUGUCAGGAUGGACACAAACUUCACUGGUUCAGAACUGGACCAGACAGCGUCCAUCCCAGCUUCGUUUACACUCAUGAUGAGUGUAACGAUAGCUUCACGCAGAAAUGCAUCCACACUUUCUCAAAGAACGUCAGCUCCUCCGAUGCUGGAACUUACUUUUGUGCUGUGGCCACAUGUGGGAGAAUUUUCAAAGGAACUCAAAUAAACGUCACCAUUGAAGAUGUUAGCAGGUGUGAUUCAAACACAAACGUUAUCUUUGUCGUGAGUGCUGCUUUGGCCUUAAGUUUCAUCAUGUCCGCCUUCCUCAUCAACAAGAUCAGGACAAAACAUUUUUUUUGCUGCAAAGGUAAAAGAAAUUGCAAUUAUCAAUCAUCAUUCGAUGGUUCUUUCAUACUUUCUCUUAAAUUUUCAGCUGGUCCACAAACAGUUGAUAAAAGGUCCAGUUGCAUCCAGCAGACAGACGAGGACUCUUUGGUUUAUUCCAUGCCGACCAUCGUCACCAAGAAAACCGGCAAAGCCAGGCAGACAAAUGUGAGGGCAGCAGAAGAAUUUAGCACAUAUGGUCACAUCUCGACCCAAAAUUAAAAUGCGUGUUCACACUGUUAUUUUUGUCAUGGGACCAAAGGUUGCACAGUAAGGAACAUACACAUAAAGAUGAAAUUUCAUUGGCCAGCUUUUGUAAAGUAUUACGUGACGUAACUCAAAUAUUCCAAACGAGAAUUCUAUCUUGAAAAUGUUAGUUAUUUUUAUUGCUAUAUUUUCCUGUAUUAUAUUUCACCAAAAACUUCUCAAAUACACUUUUAAAGUGCACCAUUGUCACACACGCAGCGAGAGAGAUUAGAGCACAAGGACAGCACUUCCAACACAUCUUCUCUUACAUAUUUGUCAUUUCUGCAUGCUUUUAGCUGUCAUUUUAACGUGUAGCAUUCACAUUCAAGCACCCUUAACCUCUUUUGGGCACUCAGUGAAAUACUUAGAAACCCACAUUUUAGAUUUUAGAUUUUCAUUUCCUGCGAUUGGCUGGCGACCAGUCCAGGGUGUACCCCGCCUGUCGCCUGAAGUCAGCUGGGAUAGGCUCCAGCAUGCCCCUGCGACCCUAAUGAGGAUGAAGCGGUAUAGAAAAUGGAUGGAUGGAUUUUUAUUUCAGCAUUUUUACAAGAAUCGUAAUUGUCAUCAUCAUAGUUCUUUGUAAUAUGGUCCUGCUACAAUCAGGAGGAAACAGGAGAUUGAUUCGUACCGUAAAUUCUGGACUGAUUUUGGAUUGAGUGCACCAGAAUAUAAACCGCACCCACUCAAUUGAAAGAGAAAAAAGGCUUUUACAUACAGUAUGUAGGCCGCACCUGUCUAUAAACUGCAGGUGUCCACGUUGUAUCGUGGGAUAGUUAGUACACAGAAUGAUGUUACACAGAAAGACUUUUAAACUUUUAAUUAAAUACAUUAUUUUUUCCAAACAGUGCUGAAAAGUGUGUGUAACAUGACUAGUUAAACAGUAGCCUACCAGAAAUGUCAUUUAUUGCUGUUUUUAUCUUCCUUAGUAUUGAAAUUGAGCAGCCUCAUAAUUUCUUUGUCACACACUUUGUCAGUUUCUCUCUCUCUCGUUGUCACUCUCAGUUGGCACUUUUGUCUUGAGGCAAGUUAGCCCUUGAGCUUGUCCUGUCCUUCACACAGUAGUCCAGCUUCUCAAAACCCGUUGGUGAUCAUGGAUGUUUUGACCCUGCUCCACGCCGUCAGGAUCCACUGGCAGACUUCCGCCAAAGUUGCUAGAUCGAUCGCUUUUAGUAACUUGAAAGCUGCAUCAUACACAUUUCUUCGUAUGUUUUCCGUGAUGAGGGUGUGGGCAUGAAGAGCAAAAUGGUUGUUGUGAAGCAUAGGAGACUUUGCGGGAUUAGAACGAGACCAUAAAUUAGUGGCAUCACUGUAUAAAACGCAGAGUUCAAAGCAAAAAAAGUAGUGGAUUAUACACUUUUACAAAUUAUGGUAACAGGAAAUGUUAUGUGGUGAAAGAUGAUAGUAGU